AUGUCAAGUAAAGACUCGUGGCCUGAGCUCGUUGGGAAGCCCGUUGAUGAUGCUGUUGACAUCAUUAUAAAGGAAAAUCCAAAUUUAAAUAUAACCAAGUUUAAAGACGGGUCACCAAUAGAACUUGAUUUUAUAAUGGAUCGUAUAGUUGUGCUCUAUGGUGAAGAUGGCAAGGUUUCAUACACACCAUCACUUGGUUAA